AUGAAUUUGUCCUCAGCGUCUAAUUUUUUUGUCUACUAUCAUUCCAAGCAUUUAAAUGGUUCAGUUUAUGAAUAUGCUUACGAAUUUAAUUUAGUUUUGUCGAAAUGUUUCUCUCUUUCCCUAAAAGCUAAUGAAAUUGUGAUAACUGAUAGGAGUUUUAGUUUGAAAUCUUUUAAGCCGUCUGAAUUGGAAUGUUCGUUGGAAGUGACUGCUGCCACUAUUCAUGCAAAGAAUGCCCAAAGAAAGAAGUGGGAAGUGAUUUCAUCCAAUUUCAAGAUGCUGUUCAUUGCUGUAGGGGCCGCUUCUAAAAAUCACUUCAAAAAAAGCCGAUAUUUCCAAAUCCAAACGUCGUUCAAAGAUAGUACUGAUGAUCCGCCUUCACUAGAAUUAGACAAAAAUAAUAAACUGAUUGCUGAAUGGAUGGAUAGACAAAUGAAUGGUUCAAAGAAUAAAAUGAGUGCGAUCGGUGGACCAAUAUGUAUCAGAGGACAUCCUUCCUUUUAUGCAGCAUUUUUAUUUGAAUGUCAUGCUUUGAAGUUCCCAACUUCUAAUUUGAAGAUUCAUUAA